UGCUUAAAUCAAAAGUCAGCCGAAUAUAAUGAAGCAAAAAGGCUUUUUACAGGUUUAACGGAUCUUGAUUAUAAACCUGGCCAUAGAGAACAUAUAUUUUAUAAAUACUGGCUUGCAUCUAGGCUCGAAGAGGUGACUUUAAAGGGUUAUACAGUGAUCGAUCAUCCCUUUGAAGUUUAUAGAAUAUCUGAUACUCACGAAUAUAUUGAUAGUAACCAGCCUCUUCAUUUGAUUAUUGAUAUUGAUGCAAGGCAAAAGCCUGAUCCUACAAAUCCUAAA